CACGCUCGCUUUCCCAGAGGAGAGAGGGGGAGAGGAGGCACGGGGACCCGCGCUCGUGUCCACAGAAACUCCCGCCCGAGAGGCACCAGGUGCGCCGCUCUGCGCAGACCCGCAGGGACAGUCGGGCGCUCCCCGGGCACCCGCCUCUGUGGCUCACGUGGGCACCCCGCGCGACCCGCUGGUCCUGACCCGGGCCACACCGCACCCCCGGCCCCAUCCACGAGGGCGCGGGCGGGACGGCAGAAGCACGCGGCCGCCGCCACCGCCUUCUCGCCACGCCCUGGGCGCUGACUGUGGGCGGCUCCGCUCCCGGACCGGCGCCGGCCCGCAUCCCGCACGCCCCGGGAGCCUCCGGCCGGCCGUCGCCGCGGGGACACACCCCGGGGGAGGAGCCGCCUGCUCCGGGCGCAGCGCCGGCCGGCCGCGCGCUCGGCACCUGCCCACCCGGGGACCGACAUGGCCCAGCAGCCUCGGUCCCGCGCGCUGGAGCCCGAGCACGUCCAGCAGCUGCUGCUCCGCUCCCGGGAGGCCAAGAAGUCGGCCUACUGCCCCUACAGCCGCUUCCCCGUGGGCGCCGCCCUGCUCACGGGCGACGGCAGGAUCUUCUCGGGGUGCAACAUAGAAAAUGCCUGCUACCCACUGGGCGUCUGUGCUGAGAGGACCGCCAUCCAGAAGGCCAUCUCCGAAGGGUACCAGGAGUUCAGGGCCAUUGCCAUUGCCAGUGACUUGGAAGAUGACUUCAUCUCGCCGUGCGGGGCCUGCCGGCAAGUCAUGAGAGAGUUUGGCACCAACUGGGCCGUGUACAUGACCAAGCCGGAUGGCACGUAUGUGGUCAGGACAGUCCAGGAGCUGCUGCCUGCCUCCUUUGGGCCCGAAGAUCUGCAGAAGAUCCAGUGAAGGCCUGAGAACUGCCAGCGCCUGGGACCGCCUGGGUCGCCGAGAGCUUAAGGGGACAGCGCCUGCAGGACUCCGUAAAGACGGCCUCGCUGGCCUGAGGACACUGCCAGCCGAGUCCCAGCCCUGCGGGGCUGGGCAGGGUGACUUCUGGCCUGGGAGUCUUCUGCCGGAGUGACCGAGAGGCCCUCCCCAGCCUGGGCCAGUGCCUCCCUCGCACCCACCUUGUCCCCGCUGGGACUGGGGGCACUUCAUUCCCCCUCCCCCACCCUUCCUGUGGACACUUUAAAAAUUCCAGAUGGGGACGGAAUUCCAGCAGGUUAAGCCCCACUUGAGAUGCCUACUGCUCCACUUCCGAUCCAGCUUCCUGUUAAUGUGCCUGGGAAAGCAACAGAGGAUGGCCCAAGUGCUUGGGGCCCUGCACCCACGUGGGAGACCCGGAUGAAGCUCCUGGACCCUGGCUUCGGCCUGGAGCUGCAGCCGUCUGGGGAGUGAACCAGUGGAUGGAAGAUAUCUCUCUCUCUCUCUCUCUCUCUCUCUCUGUCACUCUGCCUUGCAAAUAAAUCUUAACAAAUAAAUAAAGUGCCAACAGCUC